AUGGCAAUAAACGAACUCCCUCAGACGCUGGGUCCAGAUGCUCAAGUCAAACACGAAGAGGCAGGCGGUCUUGCGGCAGACCAUGGAGACUCUUCAAAUCUACCUGUCACCAAACAAGAAGAGCAUUCGAACAAGGGAAAUAGAGGAAGAAUUGCAGGCGGAUCUUUUCUGCAAGGCCUUCAUGAAAGUGAUUCUGACAGUCAUGAAGGAGAGCCUCUAAAGGAAGUGGACUUCGACUUGCCGCUCACCUUGACGGAACUCGUGCACCAAGACGGCCAAGAAUACAUGCUGCUCACGUUCGCCGAUGGGGACAGGGAGAAUCCAUUUAAUUGGAGCAGCGCGAGGAAAUCCUUCAUCACCCUUCUUCUGUGCCUCAUGACCCUGUUCAUCGGUCUGGCUACGACGUCGUACAGCAGCGGCAUCAGUUCCAUGUGCGAUGACUUUGGCGUUUCCAGCGAGCUGGGACAACUCGGAUUGUUCUGUUUCAAUAUGGCAUGUGCCCUGGCACCUCUCUUCUUGGCUCCCUUCUGCGAGCUCGUUGGCAGGAGGGUUAUAUACGUUGGGGCAUACGCUUUGUUUACCAUUGUGUUCAUCGGACUGGCCCUCGGAAAAAACAUCGCCACCAUCCUCGUCAUGCGAGUUUUCCAAGGUCUCUUUGGCUGUGUUGGAACCAUUCUAGUCGGAGGGACAUUCAGCGACAUUUAUCGCCCAGAUGAUCGAGCCAUCCCUAUGGCCUGCUUCUCCUAUGUCGCUAUCUUGGGAACGGUCGGAGCGCCUAUCUAUGCAGGGUUCAUUGACGAGACCAUCGGCUGGAGAUGGAUCGAGGGGAUCCAGGGACUGGCAAACCUUCCCCUCCUUGCAGUCAUCGCGCUCUUCCUCAAGGAAACACGCGGCGGCGUGACGCUGCACAAACGAGCGACACAACUCCGAAGUCAAACCGGCGAUGACAGGUACCGUGCACCCAUGGAUCUGGAAGCCAAAGACAUCAAACAGAUGCUGCACAGCUCAUCAGUCAAAGCCGUCCACAUGCUCGUCACCGAACCCGUUGUAUUUGCAUUCGGCCUGUGGAUUGCAUUCGCCUGGUUCGUCACCUUUCUCUUCCUAUCUGUGAUCCCCAUCACAUUCGAGGAGAAACACGGCUUCAGCGAGGGCAUUGCAGGCCUACCCUACAUCUCUCUCUGCAUCGGCGUAACCAUCGGCUUUGCGGCCAACUUCCUGCAGAUCCGCAAGUACCAAUCGAUCAUGAAGUCGAGAGACCGGAAGAUCUUGCCGGAAUCGCGACUCUACGGCGCCAUGUGCGGUGCCGGGUUCCUCCCAGUCGGACUCUUCAUCUACAGCUUCACGCAGUACGGCUACCUGCCCUGGAUCGCGCCCACGAUCGCCCUAGCGCCCAUCGCCUUUGGCAUAUUCUUCAUCUUCGAAUCGACGUACAGCUUUACAUCAGACUGCUACGGCGAGAAUUCCUCGUCGGCUAUCGCCGGCCAGGGCCUGAUGAGAAACACGCUCGGGGCAGUAGCGCCUCUGUUCGCAAGCCAGUUCUUCCACAAUCUAGGGAGUCAGUAUGCCGGUCUUCUGCUCUCCCUGGUCGCGACGCUCUUGACGGCCAUCCCGUUUGUGAUGUUCAAGUACGGACAUGUUCUGAGGAGUAGGUCGGAGCUUGCGAAGAGUCAGCUGGGUGGUGAUGAGCAGAAGGAAAAGACUGGCCUUUAUACUGCUCCGUUCGUAUGA